CAGUCGCAUGGUCAGCAACCAGCUCGUGUCGAACUGAAGACUAGGAAGCUUGGAAGCUUCCGCCGUGCGAGGUGUGUCGGCCGCGGUCGCAUGUUGACUCUGCAUGCCUGUGGGUUUCGCAUUGUCGUUCUUCUUGUGAGGCGUCCGGAUGAGGACCGCCGGAGCUGCGUUUGAGCGCCCGAAAGCCUCGAUACGAUGCGCGCUCGUGCUUGGUCGCCCCCUUGCAUGCAGCUGGCACUCGGUGGGCGUCUUCAUCGCAUUGGAGAUCAAGUUGCGGUGAGCGUCGACAGCCUGCAUGCCAGUAGUCGUGAUGUUCUUCUUCCCCGCAUCGCGAGGCCGAGGAUUCCACUUGGGAAUCGUGCAGCGUGAGCGUUCGCUCCGAGCGCGGCGUCUUCGACUGGGCAAGUCGGCCAGGCGAUGUUGUAGCUUCGAGCCACUCACAAUUCACGCUUGGACGCCACUGAUCGCUCAGACUUUUGACUCACUGACUACUACUGUGACUGACAUACGCACCGUGACAUGCGGUGUCUUUGGUGAGAGCCAUUCACGUCAUGCGGGGCGAAUUUCACAUUCGUUGCGUUCCCUGGCGAACGAACACUCACGACUCGCGACUUUUCUGUUGCGCGAGCGCGGUCUUGGCCGUGACGGCCACCGUUCUCGACGCGCUUCCACUUGUCACUCUCAUCAGAGCCGCUCACGCGCCUCUACGUGAGUAAAUGUUUGAGCGUCCAAAAGGCGAUGUCUAUCACCUCAGAUCUUUGCGGGCUUUGCUUCU